AUGGCGGCACGUUCUCGAGCAAAAGUGACAAGUGCUUUGGUGCCCGUGCAGAUGGCGCAGCUCACAGCCAUCACCCUCGCUGCAGCCCAAACCACCAGGGAUGCCAGCCUUAGUCCUCUCUUAGCCCCGUACAUGCCCGAAGAUGAACUUAAGGCGCCCACUCAAGAGGAGGAAGAGCACCUCCAGGAUGACGGACUCUCAUUAGACGGCCAGGACACAGAGUUUCUGUGCAAUGAGGAAGAGGAAGAUGUAGAAGGAGGCCAACCACCUAGUUACAGAGAUUCUCCUCUCAGCAAUGGCACCAAUCCUGAUGCUGGGUAUGGCUCACCACUUAGUGACGCCAGUGACCGACUUACAGACUUAAAAAGCACCCCCUCUCGAGAUGGUCACGAGAAGGAAGGUACAACCUUACCUUUCUCACCCACCAAUGGCCUAUCUUUCCAAGAUAGUUUGGCUCAGAUGAAAGCCGUCUAUGCAAACCUCAUUUCAGAUGCCUCUUGGUCCAGCAUUACAAUGGAUAUCAUGAAAGCCAAGUCUGCUUCAGCUGGCAGUGUCAACACAACAACAACCACAAACAAGAGCAACGGGGUCAGCAUAAUCACUAGUCAUCACAAUGGCAAGGGCGCAAGCACCACUGUCAGUCACGCAGGCACCACAACUGUUAACACGAACGGCACAGCAGCUAACUCUGCUAACAUCCAGAAUGCAACAAGCAGCAGUGGGAACAACAGUGGAGGGACUAAUAACGGCAGUGGUGUCGCGUAUGACUGGCACCAGGCAGCACUUGCAAAGACUCUUCAGCAGACCCCCUACCAUCUAUUACCAGAGCCUAGCCUUUUCAGCACAGUGCAGCUCUACCGUCAAAACAAUAAACUGUAUGGCUCUGUCUUCACUGGUGCAAGCAAAUUCCGCUGUAAAGAUUGCAGCGCUGCCUAUGACACCCUAGUUGGUUUGACAGUCCACAUGAAUGAGACUGGCCACUAUAGAGAUGACAACAAGGACAAAGAGGAGGAUCAGGGAAAGCGCUGGUCAAAGCCCCGCAAGCGCUCUCUGAUGGAGAUGGAAGGCAAAGAGGAUGCUCAGAAGGUGCUGAAGUGCAUGUACUGUGGCCACUCAUUCGAAUCUCUGCAGGAUCUCAGCGUUCAUAUGAUCAAGACCAAGCAUUACCAGAAAGUGCCUCUCAAAGAACCUGUGCCAGCCUUGGCCACCAAACUUGUACCCACGUCAACUAAAAAACGAGCAAUGCAAGAUACUGUUAUUUCCCCUUGCUCCCCAGAGUCUGUCCAUCCUGGUGGUGGGGGAAGCAAUUUAUCACUUGCUGAUAUUAGCAAAGAUCCAAAAGCAGCAGCUAAUCCCUAUGUAACAGCUAACAACCGAUAUGGCUACCAGAAUGGUGCCAGCUAUACAUGGCAGUUUGAAGCACGGAAAGCUCAGAUCCUGAAAUGCAUGGAGUGUGGUAGCUCGCAUGAUACUCUUCAACAGCUUACUGCACACAUGAUGGUCACAGGUCACUUUUUGAAGGUCACAAAUUCUGCAUCUAAGAAAGGAAAACAACUUGUAUUUGAUCCUGUGGUUGAAGAGAAGAUUCAGUCCAUUCCACUCCCACCUACUACCACCCGACUUCCAGUUCCUGGUAGUAUUAAGUCUCAGCCUGUGUCCCCUGCCCUCUCUUCGGGCUCAGAGGAAAAGAGGGAAGUGAGUGAGGAUGAGAAAGUUGAAAGUGGAGAGCCAUUGGAGAAAAAAAUCAAGGAGGAGAGAGAUGAUGUGGGUGAGAAAGUUGAGACUGACACCACGUCAUAUAAAUAUCUUAGAGAAGAAGAUCUGGAGGAAACUCCUAAAGAAGGCCUAGAUAUUCUUAAAUCCCUCGAAAACACAGUGUCAAGCGCCAUUAGCAAAGCUCAGACAGGCACUCCCACAUGGGGUGGAUAUCCAAGCAUCCAUGCAGCUUAUCAACUGCAAGGUGCUAUCAAGAACUCGACUACUGUUCUGCCCCCUACCAUCCAAAGUGUCCAGAUGCAACCGUUGUUUAACAAUGGGCUUCGAGGGCUUGUGAGUGACCCAAGUUCAGUCAUCCACUCGCCUCGGAGCCCAUCUUCUCCAACUCCGCUCAGGAGCAAUGUCACGGCCAUGGAGGAGCUGGUAGAGAAAGUGACAGGCAAAUCUACCACUGUGAAGAAAGAAAAAGAGGAGAAAAUGGUGACCGCGGAGCGAGCCCGACCACCAUCGUUGGUGAAGUCCCCCUCUCCUGCACUGAGAGAGCAGAGAGAGCAACUGGCCUCUCCAAAUGGUCUCAUUGUAGGUAAGCCAUCUGGUAUGAGAAGCACCAGCCCAGGCAGUGAAGAGUCUGACCUUAUCUGCAAGAAGGAGCCUAAAGAAAGUCUUGUGGAUGUCUAUAACAAUUCAAAAAAUUGUCCAGAAGUGUGCCAAUCGCCGAUGACCAACGGCAAUAGUCUCGGGAUCAUUACUGAUCACUCAGCAGAAACUCCUUUUAUCAACCCUCUCAGUGCACUCCAGUCAAUCAUGAACACACACCUGGGUAAGGCCUCCAAACCAGUAAGCCCAGCUGCAGACCCUUUGUCCAUGCUUUACAAAAUCAGUAACAGCAUGAUUGAUAAGCCAGUCUUCAACCCAGCACCUCAGGGCAAAAACGCUGAGCCCAUCAACCACUUUCCUCCAUAUGAAAAUAAUGAUCAACCCAUUGACCUGAGUAAAAACAAGUCUAUCACUAACAAUAACGCUAACACAAACAACAACAGCAGCAGUAAUGUUGUUCACAACAUUGUAAAUGGCAACAAACCUAUUAUCACCAUGCCUGAGACGGUCUCCUCCCCCCUGAGAGAAAAUGCCCUUAUGGACAUCUCCGAUAUGGUAAAGAACCUCACCGGAAGACUGACUCCCAAAUCGUCAACGCCUUCAUCUAUCUCAGAGAAAUCAGAUGCUGAUGGCAGUGCAUUUGAAGAUGCUCUUGAGGAUCUGUCGCCAGUGCAAAAGAGAAAAGGAAGGCAAUCUAACUGGAAUCCUCAGCACCUUCUCAUCCUGCAGGCACAGUUUGCCUCCAGCUUGCGGGAGACCAAAGAAGGGCGCUACGCUAUGACUGACCUGGGUCCUCAGGAAAGGGUCCAUAUCUGUAAGUUCACAGGCCUCUCCAUGACAACCAUAUCCCACUGGCUAGCAAAUGUCAAGUAUCAGCUGAGACGAACUGGUGGCACUAAGUUUCUCAAAAAUAUGGAUUCGUGCCAGCCUGUGUUCCUCUGUGGCGACUGUGCUUCCCAGUUCAGGACUCCCACUUCCUAUAUUAGCCACCUGGAGUCUCACCUGGGAUUCAGCUUGAAGGACCUGUCCAAACUGUCAGCUGAACACCUACGGGAGCAGCAGGCUGCCUCAAAGGUGAUCACGGACAAAAUGACAUUCAGCAAUUCCUUGUCGGCCUUGACUACGCCAGAGGACGACAUUGGCUCUGUAUACCAGUGCAGACUUUGCAAUCGGACAUUUGUCAGCAAACACGCAGUGAAGUUGCACCUCAGUAAAACCCAUGGCAAGUCUCCCGAGGACCACCUGGUGUUUGUUACAGCUUUGGAAAAAUUAGAGAAACUGGACAAAAUAGAGUCAGUUUAA